AUUUGUGUUUUCCCGUUGCAGAUGUUGUGCUGGAGAAGGCCAUGCAUAAGUGCAUUCUGAAGCCGUUGAAGGGUCACAUCGAAGCGAUGUUGAAAGAGUUCCACACCACGGACGGUUCCUGGAAACAGCUGAAGGAAAACCUGCAGCUGGUGCGGCAGAGGAAUCCUCAGGAACUGGGCGUGUUUGUUCCCACACCGGACUUUGUGGACGUUGAAAAGAUUAAAGUCAAGUUCAUGACUAUGCAGAAGAUGUAUUCACCUGAAAAGAAAGUCAUGCUGCUGCUGAGAGUUUGCAAAUUGAUUUACACCGUUAUGGAGAAUAACUCAGGGAGGCUGUAUGGAGCUGAUGACUUCUUGCCUGUGUUGACAUAUGUGCUAGCACAGUGUGAUAUGCUGGAGCUGGACACUGAGAUCGAAUACAUGAUGGAGUUGCUGGAUCCAUCCUUGCUGCAUGGAGAAGGAGGCUACUACUUGACAAGUGCUUAUGGAGCGCUGUCACUGAUCAAGAACUUCCAGGAAGAACAAGCUGCCCAGCUGCUCAGCUCGGAGGCCAGAGACACUCUCCGGCAGUGGCACAAGAGGAGGACGACAAACAGGACAAUACCUUCGGUCGAUGACUUUCAGAACUACCUUCGUGUUGCAUUCCAGGAAGUUACCAGCGGCUGUACGGGAAAGACUUUGCUAGUAAGGCCAUAUAUCACUACCGAAGACGUGUGUCAGCUUUGUGCCGAGAAGUUUAAAGUGGCAAAUCCAGAAGAAUACAGGCUGUUUCUUUUUGUCGACGACACCUGGCAGCAGCUGACAGAGGAUACGUACCCGCAGAAGAUCAAGGCGGAGCUGCACAGCCGUCCGCAGCCCCAGGUCUUUCACUUUGUCUACAAGCGCGUUAACAGCGACCCGUACGGGGCCGUCCUCCAGAACAGCAGUGACUCGGCCGCUUAAAACCAGCAACCUGUCGUUUUCAUGUCUGUUCCUCGGUAAUUGUUACAAAUGUCUUUGUUGAGUGCCUUCCUUAGGAGCUCACACAGGCCUUACACCUGAAGUGCCAGCACGUCUGAGGAGACAGCCCAGGAGGCCGUGUGCCUUGUACCACGGGCUCUUCUGCAGCGUGUUCUCCCGUGGCCCUUGACAGGUCUCGGCCGUAAGCGUGCAAAAUACGAUUUUCUUCCGCUCGUUGUUUCUACAGCCGUCAUCCGGAUUCGAGUCCGAGCGCGAGACAAGCGUGUCCGUUCGAACGGGGCAGGACGAGCUCGGUUCCACCUGCGGGAGUUCGACAAGACCGUCCGAUGCAGGGCAUCAGUUCAUUCAGCGUUACCUGGAUGGUUGCAUCCUUGUCUAAUGGUUUUGAUUACAGAAAAUCAUCAUGUUUAUAUAAAUAGAUAUUUUAUAGCAGUUGCAGGUAAACUGUCAGGGUUGGUUUUUGAAAUAUUUUUUUAACUAUAAAAUAUUCUAUAAUUAUGCAUGUGAUUUUUAACAUUUAAUACACAAGAAUAAAUCUCUUGCUGGUUUUAGAGUCUUGCA